GCUGAGAGUAUAUGUUUACUGAUUUCGUAUAACACUAGACCGAUACGUACUGACGGGGAAAGACAAUUCGAAUCAUGGCUGAUGCAUUAAAGAAUGCUAUUGCUCAGAGUCUGGAGUGUCCUGUAUGUCUGAAUACCUUCACCGAUCCAAAGAUCCUGUCUUGUUCUCACACCUACUGCAAGACCUGUCUGGACAACCUCUUGGAUUGCCAUGGUAACGACCAGAUGCUCCGAUGUCCUGUCUGCAGAGCUGAAACCCAGGUCCCAAACCAGGAUGUCAGCAAAUUACCGGCAAAUCUAGCUUUGAAGUCUCUCAUAGAGGACGUAAAGAAUCAAUACCAAUUUUGCACGAAUUGUAAAUCCAAGGAGGCCCAAGCUGUUGUCUACUGUCAAGAUUGUGGCAAGUAUUUCUGUAGCACUUGCCACAACAAACACUCUCAGUGGCCAGACUUCAUCAGUCACGAUGUCUUAGCCAUGAGUGAGAUCGUAUCAGGCAAGGUGUCAGUACGUAGGUACCGUAAAUGCAGGAAACACCCCAAAGAUGAUGAGGAGUGGUUCUGUUCCGACUGCAGGAGAUUUGCCUGCUUCAAGUGUGUUGUCAUGGAGCAUACAAACGAAGGACAUAGGGUCAUUGAGGCAGCUGUUUAUGAAAGCAACCAUGUGAAGAGUAUCGAGGACCUCAAAUCCAAGGCAGACAAGAAACGCUCUUGCUUUCAGAAAUACAUUGAUUUCAUUGAUGAACAGAAGGAGCAUGUGAGCAAUGUUCAGAAGCAGUGCACAGAUGAUAUCAACAAAGCAUAUGAAGAAUCAGUCCGGCAGUUGACAAAGAAGAAAGAAGUCCUUAUUGGUGAAGUCAAGGGUAGGACUGAAGGAGUAGAGAAAGAACUGGACGAAAUUAAGAAAUCGGCUCAGGAGCACAUCACUCAUUUCACCACCAUAGCUGACGUGGUAACCAAUAGAACAAAGAUACCGUUAGAUACAGAUGCUUUGGCUGCCCACGACACUCUAUGUCAAGACUUACAAGAGGCUUUGAAACAAGAAGAUCCUGACUACAAGCAGUCGAUUCAAUUGAGCAGAAAAGGAAAAAGUGUCAGUUUCAAGAGGAACGUUGGAAUGGACGAGCUAGCUCUCGGUAAGAUUGCAAAUGCAUUUGCAUUUAAGAACAUCGCUUUGCCCACUAAGAAUAGCAUGAAUAUAAUGGUUGGUACACCAGACGGUAGGAUGGCAGUGGGAUGUGACACGGGUGGCGUGGAGAUCUUCUCUGCUGAUGGCCAGCUCCAGCAGACAGUUCUCAAGGGUGUUAAGAUUCGUGGAGUAGGGUUCCUCUCUGAUGAUCGGUAUGUUAUACUCGAUUGCUCAAACAAUAUCUCACUGUACAGACUACAGUACACAAAGUUGAAUGUCGUGUUUGAGACUCUGUAUAACGAUGAAGGUGAAUGGGCCAUUCUCAAUGUAGGCGGUGAUGAUCAGAUCUAUGUCAGCUACUGGAAAGCUCAGAAGAUCCAGGUAUUCUCACCAGCAGGUGGGAAGGCGAUCAGGGAAAUACCAUGUGAUGGGUAUGAACCUCAGCAGAUUACUAGUUAUAAUGAUUACCUAGUCACCAGAUCUUGGGAUGCAAUACGAUUGAUUGAUAAAGAAGGAGUUGUAAAAUAUGAAUUAAGGGAAUUAGGUUAUUUCCCAUACGCCACUGUGUCUCAAGGAAAUACAAUCCUGAUAGCCAAGGUCAAUCACGAUGUAGGUUUGGUCAGCAUCGAUGAGUACACUAACGAGCUGAAGCAUGUCCAGAAACUUGUCAUUGAUUACAAGAUUGAGAAGCCUGAAAGAAACUGGUACUUUAUGCAGCAGUACCAAUCAGGAGAGAUCGCUUUCUGCACUCCUGAUAGACUCUAUAUAUUCCACUGGAAAUAAUGGAUGAGUCAGCCUUACUUGCCCUGUAUGAUAACACUGAUAACCUUAGGCCAGUAGAGGGGGAGGGGGUGUGUGCGACCGGACAUAUUUUUAGAAUAAAACGAGAAUACUGAAAAAUGAAGAAUAACAUCUUUUUUCGUUAAACAAAACGGGCCCAUGCCCGCCCCCUAUUUCAAAAGCUUCAAAUAGGCCUUGUGUUUCUAUAUAAAAUCCAAAUGCAUCAGUUAAAUCUUGGACUAGGUGACAUGGAGUUUGGGUGAAAUGAAGAUCAAUGUGAAUGAUUGAACCUUUCUUAAAUAAAUAUUAACCUUUCUUUUGAUAUAUUUCUGACUUGUUAAUCUUUCGAGAUUUUGUCGUUGAUAAUUAAUUUACAUGCGAAUCUGAAUUUUGGUAGGUGUUGUAAAUAUACAAAUGAUGUAGACUUAAUUUGAUUGUGGACUAAAAGAUUAUUUUACAGUAGGAGAUAAUAAUCCUAAUUAUGGAAACUAUGUGAUCGUAUUGCUGUUUAAUACAAUGAAGUUCGACCUAUUGAUUGUAUGUUGUAUGUUGCAGAAGUAUUGAUAAACCAGUCGUAAAAAUAAGGGUUUACUUUUCAAUUUGAUGAACUGUAGUAUGAUACUUUUUGUUUUCCAUUUUUACCUUCCGUCUGGCAAAAUACAUGGAAGAAACAACAUUGAAGUUGUCGGAAAUAUCAGAUUUUUUUUUCUUUUUCAGAUAUUUCGUUUUGUCUGUGUUUCCAUUUAGAGCAAAUGGUCUUUAUACGUUUUAGAAAAAUCUGAAAAGUUGUGAUUUUAUAGCUACUCUCUGUUCACUUUGUACUAAAGAUAUCAUUAAACAUCUUCCUUCAUUUUCUUUGUCAUACUUGUAUGUGGCCGAAAUAUAAAAUUGUUACAUGUUCCUAUAGGGGCUCAUCAAAAUUGUAUAUAAAACAAAUUAAGAUAUUCUUUGGAAAUUUUC